AGAGUGGGGAACCGGAUCUUUACCUUGAAGCUGCAUCGAAGCCAGAUUGUGAAUCUUGGGCUGUGGCACUGGGAGAGGCAAACUCGGAAGGUUUGCAGAAUAAAAUUCAGCAGCUCCGGAGGUUGAUCAUGGAAAUCAAAGAGGAGAGAUCAUCAGAUGAAGCACAGCAGUUUCUCCCUUCGUCCCAAGUAGACAGUCUAGGAGAGCCACAGUUUACGAGUAUUCAGAGAAUUCCAAAUAAGCCAAAGCUGGAGUUCAGUCUUGCAUGCAAGGAUCUAGUGGCUGCUACCCGUGAUCGGAAGCUGAAUACGUUUGUACAAGUCUCAGUGGUCCAUCCAGCAGAGCACAUUUUGACGAGGUAUUCAAGCACUGAAAUCGUGGAGGGUACAAGAGAUCCACUGUUUUUAACUGGUGUGACAUUCCCACCGGAAUACCCCAUCUAUGAGGAGACCAAAAUAAAACUGACCGUCUAUGAUGUCAAAGAUAAAUGUCAAGACACGGUCCGCACCAGUGUCCUACCUGAUCACAAGGAGCCAAGAGCAGAUGCUGGGCGAAGCUUCCUGGGCUGUACAACUUUUAGAGUAGGAGACUUGGUAAAGUCAAAGGAGCAGCAGUUGACCCUUACCCUCAGGACUUCUGAUGGUGGAAAGACAGUUGGUACCAUUGAAGUCAAUCUUGUGAAGAUGGGAGAGCUAGAGGAUGGGGAAACGGACCACAUCACAACAGAUGCCCAGGAUCAAAAGUGUGCAUUGGUUCGGGAAUGUACAGCCACUGAAGGCAUAAGUGGUAAAGACAACUUGCCUUCAUUAAAUGCAGUGUUAAAAAACCCAAUCUGUAAGUUAUAUAGAUUCCCUACUUCUGACAACAAGUGGAUGCGGAUUCGGGAGCAGAUGGCUGAGACCACCCUCUCUUUCCAUGUUCCUAAAGAACUGAUCAGUCUGCAUAUAAAGGAGGAUAUGAGAAGGAAUCAGGAACUUAAAGACUUGGGAGAACUUGCUCCUCACUGGGACAAUAUGCGCAAAAGUGUUAUUGCCCACUGUGAUCAGAUGUUGAGCAUGUACCAGGAUACUCUUGCAGAGCUUGGGAAGCAUACAGGUUCUUCCUUCAAAUCAAGCUGUAGCAAAGGAGAAAAAACAUUAGAAUUCAUCCCAAUAAAUCUUCAUCUGCAAAGAAUGCACGUGCAUAGUCCUCGAUUGAAAGAUGCUCUGUAUGAUGUCAUCACCGUGGGAGCUCCAGCAGCACAUUUCCAAGGAUUUAAGAAUGGUGGUCUCCGAAAACUGCUCAGUAAAUUUGAAGCAGAAAGACGAAAUACUGGAUACCAGUGUAUUUACUAUUCACCUGAAAACACAGCCAAGGCAAAAGAAGUUCUCAGCAACAUCAAUCACCUACAACCUCUCAUAUCAAGCCAUGCAGACCUGCUGCUUAAUUCUGCAAGCCAGCAUUCUCCAGACAGCCUGAAGAACUCUUUAAAGAUGCUUUCAGAAAAAACAGAGUUAUUUGUGCAUGCAUUUAAGGAUCAGCUGGUCAGAAGUGCCCUUUUAGCACUAUACACAGCCCGGCCUGGCUGUGUCCUCAAGAAACCAGCUGUGCCUAGAAACAGUGCAGAAGAGGGAGAUGAUGUACAGCAUCAGGACCAUCCUUCUCAGAUUAAAAGACAGGACUCUAUACCCCAUCAUUCUGAGUAUGAUGAGGAAGAGUGGGACAGAGUGUGGGCCAAUGUGGGAAAGAGUUUAAACUGCGUUAUCGCCAUGGUGGACAGACUGCUUGAAAAAGACAACAUCAGCAGCAGUAAAGAGGGUGAAAAUGACCCUUCAGCAGCAGAUUGCAAGGUGUUGCAUGCAGGCGGUGACUGGUAUGAACAGCUUUAUCCCCUGGUGAUCACGCUGAAGGACUGCAUGGGAGAGGUGGUGACCAGGGCCAAGCAGUCCAUGGCAUUUGUUCUGCUCCAGGAACUCGCCUGCGGUUUGCCACAAUGUUUGAUGCUGACCCUAAGAAGAGAUAUCGUCUUCAGUCAAGCACUCGCUGGAUUGGUCUGUGGGUUUAUAAUCAAAUUGCACACGGGUUUACAUGAUCAAGGAUUUUUACAACAGCUUCAUACUGUUGGGUUGCUUGUGCAAUAUGAAGGACUCCUCAGUACAUAUAGUGAGGAAGCGGGGAUGCUAGAAGACAUGGCUGUGGGAAUUUCAGAUUUGCAGAAAGUGAUGUUUAAAGUCAUUGAAGCCAAAUCAGAAGAUUUUUUGCCUAUUAUAACAGGAAGGCGUGAACAUUACGUUAUAGAGGUCCAGCUUCCAGCAAAGAUGUUUGAAUUGCUGCCACAAGAGAUUAAAGAAGGAAAGCUACUUCGCAUGUAUCCAGUACUCUUUAAUGUUGGAAUCAAUGAACAGCAAACACUUGCAGAGAGGUUUGGAGACACUACGUUGCAGGAAAACAUUAACCAGGAAAACUUAGAACUUCUAAAAGAAUAUUACAAGCUGUUUACAGAAAAAAUGCCUCCUGAUUGUCUACCACAUUUUCAAGAACAAAAUGAUUUAAAGGGAUUGCUAGAAAAUCUCCAUCAAAAUAUCCAGGCCAAAAAGAGAAAGAAUGUAGAAAUCAUGUGGCUGGCUGCAACGAUCUGCCGCAAGCUGAACGGAGUCCGUUUCACCUGCUGCAAAAGUGCCAAAGACCGGACCUCCAUGUCGGUGACGCUGGAGCAGUGCUCCAUCUUGAGGGACGAGCAUCAGCUUCACAAGGACUUCUUCAUCCGGGCGCUGGACUGCAUGAGAAGAGAAGGAUGCCGCAUAGAGAAUGUACUGAAGAAUGUCAAAUGCAGAAAGUAUGCAUUCAACAUGAUACAGCUGAUGGCUUUCCCAAAGUACUACAGACCUCCAGAAGGGACAUAUGGAAAAGCUGACACCUAAGUUUAACAAAAAUGUAAUCAGGAACAUACAUCAUGCUAAUUAGUGAAUACAAAAAUCACUGUUUAUGACUUAUUAAUUGGGAAUGUGUAACCAGUUGAGGUGUUAUUUUUAUCAGGUUUUUAUUUUACAUUAAAAUAACUCCAGUUAGUCGUAAUUAAAUAAAAUAUCAUGAAAAAGCAAUGGACUGAAUAUUCUCAAAACCAAAUAUAUUCAACUUUUCUUUGUGAAGCUGAAGCUUAGGAUGACUCAUAAGCUAGCUGGAAUUAGUUUUUUGGGUCAUUUGAUCAAAGAUUAAAAAGGGAAAUGUUGUUUGCAAUGGUUACUGAGGUUAGCAAUCUGGAAGGUGGCAUUCUGACUCUGAACCAAAACCUGAAAUACUGCUGGAAAUAGGAAUUUCUGGAACCAGCACAGCACCAAGGUCUUGAUCGCUAAUGAUUAAAUCCUUCACAGAAGUAUUUAUGAAAGGAGCUAAUGUUAAUACCUGGGCUAAAUAUAAUUUUGGUAAAUACACUUAGCUUCUUUACAUAAGCAUGGUAACUUCAUAAUAUGUUUUCAGUAAUUACAGCCUGUAAUUUCAGUAAUUUCAUCCUGAUGCCUUGCAGUUCAUUUGGAUGUAUCAUUCUUGGCUUUCUGUACCACAGCCAAAUACGACUUAUUUCACUUUCGCAUAAAUCACAGGGGGAUUAAUUCUUCAAGUAAGGUGACCUGAAUUCGGCCUAUCACGUUCCCGUUUGCUGUAAACUCUUAAAACUAAAUUUUCUUCAGUGGUAGGGAAAAUGAGUUGUAUAUACAGGAGUUAAUAUAUCUUUAGGCUAUAAAAACAUGUAUGUUUUUAUAGAGUCUAAGAUAAAUGUUAUAAUUAUGAGUAACCUGCUGUAUUAGGACUAGUUAGCCACUGCAGCUGAUUUAUGUCAAAUUUGUAAUGCUGCAUGUAGACUCUCUAGGAUGAAGAACUAUCAGCUUUAAAAAUUAAUGUUAAUGCUUCUGCCAGCUUGUGUUGCUCCUGAAAUUUAUCUUGCAAAGAACAUUUAUAUUUUCUAAUUGUAUCUAUUUAUUGCUGCCUUCUGCCUCCCAGACAGAAAUACAAUUAAAAAAACCCAAGUAUUCACUGUUUACUGACCUUUAUGUAAUGCAUUCAUUUUGAGGUAAAAAUAGCUAGAGCAGAAGUGUGAGAAUUUCAUCCUAAUGAAACUGCACAGGGAAUUUGAGCAUCUGUAGGAAAUUGUAAUUGCCAUGGAUAAAGAAGUUAAUGUUUGCUUGCUCCUAUGGAAGUCAAAGAAAUCUUGAUGCACUGUUGAGUUAGAAUUUGUUCUUUUUAGUCCAUUAAUGCCCAUUACUAGGUAUAAAUCUGUAACUACUAGUAAAAAUACAUAUUUAAGAGCCUGAUUCUGCAAAUUCCAUGGAAAUGGUCUAUCCCGUGAAUAAAUUUAAAUCAUUUGCUGCAUUUGCAAGAUCAGGCCUUGGGGCUAGUAGAAAAACAUCAGGAAGAGAUCCUCCUUCCAAUAUACAUUGACUUCAGUGAAGCCAGGAAUUCACGUGUACAAUGUAUUUAACUAAUUGGAAGGUUUUUUUUAAAGUAGCGUUGGUCAUUUAAAUCGUGUUUUGGUGCACUUGUUGUAUAUUUGUAUUAUAUAAUGUGCUAACAUGAAUGACUUCUUUGUUCUUCUGGAAUGUAUUACUUCAAUGAUAGAUAGACAUCAGAAGAGUUGGCAUUGCCUCACAGACAAGCUCAGGCAGAUAAGAAUAUAAUGCCUUGAUAUUUUUUUUCCUGUUGUGCACCAGUAGAAGUGUACACUACUCAUUGGGUGGGUGGGUGUGUGCAUAAAUUUGUGUUUGGACCUUUAACAUAGCUGAUCUGUAAAAAAAUAUUUUUUGUGGAUUUAUGUAACAUAAAUCAUCUUAGGAAAGUAACCUUUUUCUCUGUCAGACUGCUCCACUAACCCUCACUAUCUGCCAUUUUUACUAUGAGCUUAGUAUAGUUUAGAACUAGUGAUAAAUUCCUGAUGCACCUGUGAAAAAAUCUCAUAGAUGUACAAUAGAGAAUGCUGGCCUUCCUGCAGUAAUUCUGAAACAACCCGGGAGAGUCUACGUGGGGAUGGUAUUCACUGGUGGGUACUAUAGAUUUCUGUGGUUAUCUUAGUCCCAUGGGCAUCCUGUCAAGUUCAAAAUAUGAAAUUUUAUAGAUUUUCUUCUUAUCAGCAAAACAGGUUUUCAAGAUCUUGCCUCAGCAUUUUAAUCCCACUUGGGUUCUAAAUUGCCAUUGUCACUGUCAUGUUACUUUUAUAUUGAAGAGGUUUCUCUCACAUCGAAGCUACAUUUUUGGAGGGAGAGAGGGGGAACAAGAGAAAAAAAAAGGUAUUGUAUUGCUGUCCUCUUUGUUUUCACAGCCACUCUGGGUGUGUUCUUGUGAAUUAAAUGAUCUGUUAGUUGUUAAAGAUAAUUAAGAACAAAAGCCAAAAGCACAUCAGUGUGCUGCAGGGAAACUUCACUGGGCUUGGGCUGUUAAAGAAGAGUAGUCUGGCUUUUCUGCUAAAUAAGCCUGAACUUCUCCAAGCCAAUUUUUUGAUUGGAACAUCAAUUUGUAGGUCACAAGACCCUUGUAAAACCCGCUGACACAGUUCCAAGAGCCUUGUUGCUUCAGUACUGAGACAGGCUCAGUUAUUUCCUUGUUCGGUCAUUGCCUGCUGUGGGCUACUGCAGUUCAUAGAGGCAAAGGUUGUGUCAUCAAAGCCCAGUUGUCAACUAAGCAUGGAUUUAAAACUAGUGUUUUUACUGAUUUGCCUUUUAUGAAGAAACAAAGGGGGGUUUGAUGCAGGUUUUGAUGCAGGCUGACAGUUUUGUUACUUGUAGCACGUUUCGCAGAAGCUGCUUCAAGCCCUGUGCCUGGUUUGAAUGCCUAACGGAGGAGUUAAAUCAUCCCUGAGGUCUUGUAUAUAUUCUUGUAGUUCACUCUGAAUAUCAGAGAAGUAAAAUUAAGCAAAUGAAUUUUUAUGAGCGAGCUAUACCAUUUGUUUUGCAAAGUUUUAAGGGAAACAUACUGACCUUGGUGGCAGAUUCACAGAAAAUCGUUCCUUAUCUGCUCUCUUAAAACUUUUGUAAGGUAUAAAAUAAUCUGCUUUGAGGGGAGAGCAGUUCUCAAGGGCUAGAAGAUGAACAUUCGAAAAUAUAUCUGGCAUCUAAAGCCAAAUUCUGUCUUAUUUAUGGAAGAUAUUAUUUGUAGAAAUAAGGUCAUUGGGAUCUGCCUUGAGGAAUCCUGAAAUAAGGGCUUCUAGCUCUGAAUAUUUGUACCAUGGGGGUUUUGUACCACAGACUAGUGUCUAAAUAGAAAGCUAGUAUAAGAUGCCAAAAAAAUAAGGAAAGGAAAGUUAAAGUAUUUUUUUUCUCAGAGAUGACUGUAAUACUGUUAUAAUAAAUAAUAUGUGCACGCCUGACAUUAUUAAGCCAGCAGGUCUUUUUUUCUGAAGUCUUCUUUUGUGGAAUUUAAAAUAUGUUCUUGUUAAUGUUUAUUCUUUGGCUUAUAUGGAGCAAUUAGGAAACAGAAUUUUUUAAUUAUGUUAUCUGAUUAUUUUUUUGUCUACGUGAAGCUGUGUAUUUUGUUGGAAUAUGAGCAAUUUAUGUGUUAUAAAGAACAAAUAAUUUAGAAGGACAGCAGAAACAAAAUAUUAACUGAGAAAGAGCCUUAAUGAAGUCCCUUGCAAUGUUAAUUUUUGUACUGUCUGAAUUUUGGCAUUACAUAACUGAAAUAAGGAAAUUAAAAAACACUUCCUGUGUCUAAAUUAAUCACUCCUGAUACAAUUCAUUUAUUUGCAGUAAAAUAAAAUGUAAUGGUAUUCUAAAUCAUUACUAAUAAUCUAGGUGUAAAGAAGUCCAACACAUAAUUUUGAAACCCACUGCAUAAUAUGCCUAUUAUGAGCUUCAGAAAAUAAGACUAUUUUUAUUUCUAGUUCAAACACAAGUUCCAGGAAGUCCUAUGGUCCCCUUAGAAAAAGCAGAAAAUGCACUGAUCAUCAACCGGUGUAAUAAAGAAAUUACAUUAAAAACUAUGCAGCAAAAUUACUUGUGUGAAUUAAUGUAUGUAAUCAAUUAGCAAUUUUAAACAUAUAUUAUGUCAGUUGACUAUGUUAUAAGCUUGAAACUAUUGAUAUCUCUAUUUAUGGGGGUUUUUAUUGUAAAGAAAUGUGCUGUACAGGCAAUGCCAUGAGACAUGAAUUUGCAUCUUGCUUUACACUUACUUGCAGCUUAAAAGCAGAUGUUUACAAUCAAAAUGCUUUAAAUAAUUUACUGUUCUUCAAAACACAGAUGUACCUUAUAAAUCGCAUGUUUAAAAGAGUAAAUCAUACAAAUAGUUUUUUAAAGCAAAAAAAGAAAAAAAUCCCAGACUUCAGGCUCUAGAGCAUUGGGUUUCUUCCCAAGUCAUGCAACGCAUUGACUGUUGUGUUGCCAGAGCAUUCAGCUUACACUCUGCAGCACUCAAACAUUUAUUUGCUUUUUGUCUCAUAACAUCUACUGAGUAAAUAAUAUAACAAUGAUUAAUUUCAGCAUGAUACUCAUGAUCCAAGAUUAAAAACUGGCAUUUGUUCAAAUAAAGGUGAAACUCAAUACUUCAGAAUAUAUAUAAAAUAGAAGACACUUGUGAACUAAUGUAACCAUAUUGCAAACAGCUGAAACAUAAAGCAUGGGGUUUGUGUGCUGACAGGGAGAAACAGUUAUGGUAGAAAUCUGACUGUGAUAAUACAGUGCCCUUUAUCUGUGGGGUAUGGAGUGGUGAGAUUUGGACCACACUGCUCUUAAGUCUCUAACAAUUGACAGUGGUGUUUUGUAUUCUUUUCAUGCAUGCAAGUUCUCAGCAUUUCUGUUUUGUUUAUGAAUGGUCUGACUUGAAAAUUUCCAAAAUCCCAAGUUAGUUUGUUUUCAUUUUGCGUAAUUGUUCCUUGUAAUGUUCCUGUCUCACACUCUGGAACACAUGGGCUAUGUACAAGUAACACUAAGAGGACUACAGUCCAUACCGUGUGUUUGUUCAGAGAAAUGAAGCACAACUGUAGCAAUUAAACUCUUUUUGUUUUUCAGGAUUUAGCAUUUUUGUUUCAUUGCUGUCUGUAAGCCAUGUCCAUUGUACACUGUGUGUAUGUUUUUAUUUAAAUAAAUGUGAUGUUUAUUUUUUAUGUUUCUGA